AUGAUAGAUGAUGGUUGUGAUACAAAGUAUAAUAGUAAUGACAACAGCAAAAACAACAACAACAAUAAUAAUAGCGAAGAUGAAGGUAAUAAAAAAGUAAUUAGAAUUAUAAACAAAGAAAGUGACUAUGAUUUAGAAUAUUCUUAUGAGGAUUUUAUAAAAUUCUCAAAACAACUAAUCGAAGAAAGAAGUGGCUCAAUUAAAAGUGUUCCAAGUGUUUCGGAUUUUAGUCAGAUGAUUAAGGUAUCAUUAUCAAGUCCAACAAUGAGUCACCAUACUUCUAAUAAUAAUAAUAAUAAUAAUAAUAAUAAUAACAAUAAUCCAAUAGUUUCAGUAGCAUCACCAUUACAACAUCAUUCAAGUCUUAGUCCAAAUACUUCUACCACCAACACUACAACAAAACGUGGUACUUUAACCAAUUCGUCAACAAAUAAUCAAAUAAAACAUUCAAGAAACUCAAAUACAUUUUAUUUAAAUAGUAGCGCAGAUAUAUUGGGUAGCAGUUGUAGUUUGUUAGAGUUUAGUAAUCAUCUUAGAGGUACAGAUUCGCCAGUUAGAAAUAGGAGAAGCACCAAUCAAAACCAAAAUGUACAUCAAUCAUUGGUAGAUAAUAACGAUAAUAAUAAUGAAAAUGAUCAUGGUUCAACAUUAAAUAAUAAACCAAAAGAAAAAGUUUAUUGGAUAGAUUUAGAAGGAUUUUCCGAUGAAGAGAUAUCAGAGGUUUGCAAAUUAUUUUCAGUUCAUCAUCUAACAUGUGAAGAUAUUAUAUCGAAUGAUUCAUCAGAAAAAUGCGAAGAGUUUUCAAAUUAUAUAUUUAUUUCAACUUCAGAGACCAUUUAUUCAAGCACUGAAUUGGUUCAAUCAAAUAUUUAUAUGUGCCAAUUUACUGGUUUUAUUAUAGUAUUCCAUCAACAUCCAUUAGACUCUGCCGAAACCAUUUUAAACUCUUUCCGUUAUUUAGAUAAUGCUAUUAUACAAUCUUCGGAAUGGAUAUCAUCUAUCUUCUUUGAAGCCUUUAAUGAAAUUUAUGGUGAAUUAUCAGAUCAGUUAAUGAAGGAAGUCAAGGUUUUAGAUGAUUUCACUUUAAAUGAAGACGCAGCUCAUCAUCAAGAAUUAUAUGUUAGAUUAGGUAAAGCAACUAGAAAAUCAACAAAUUUAUUAUCAUGGAUUUUUAUUAAAAGUGAUAUAUUGUCAUCGUUAAUUAGAUUAAAUAAUAGAAAUAGAGAACAUAGAAUUCAUCUUAGCAAUAUCAAAGAUCGUACUGUUAGGUUAAAGCAAAGAAUUAAAUUGGCCGAAGAGUUAUUAGAAAAUAUUAAUAAUGCAUAUAUCUCUAAGGUAUCAUUAGUUUUGAAUGAAGAGUCACAUGCAUUAAAUAUUAGUAUGAGAAAAUUCUCUGCUCUAUCAGUUAUUUUUAUGCCUCUUAACCUUUUAGCUUCAAUCUAUGGUAUGAAUUUCCAUUUACCAGGUAAUCCAGACGAAGAAGAUUCAGAUGGUGACAUUAAAAAUUUUGCUCCAUUCAUCACACUCAUAGUAUUUAUGAUUUCAAUUGGUGCAAUCUUAACCUUAUUCUUCAAAAGAUUAGACUGGUUAUAA